GUUAGUUCGAAAGCAACACCGGACUUAAGCGAGGCUGGUGCAGCGUUUAAAAGUACAUUAAACAUGUAGUUCCUUGAAAUUUGAAACCGGUGUGGUCCUUCCACUACUUCCCUGCUAUUGCAUUAAGUUGCAGCAAUGGUGCUUGUACUCGAAAGAAUACGAUGAUGAUCGAAAACCGCGAAUACACAGCCACGGCUGCAGUGGAGAAUCGCUCCGAAGAUUUCACUUCCGGUCACAAAACGAAGAAGAUGACGAUUGCCUUCACGACACUUUUGGUGGCAAUAGUUGCUGUUUUUGUUGAUCGCUUUGUCAUAAUGCGAAUUCAACGCCAAUUUUCUUACACAGAGGGUAACAGUGAAGCCGGCGUAAGAUUUGAUGUCGUUGAUGAAGAAGUGCUUAGUCUGUUUGUGACAUUCGAUGAAAACUUGGAUGGGGUUCUGGAUUUGUCGGAAUUUAUCGAAAUUGCGAACAGAAUUUUGCGUCGAAAAGUAAGUAAUCGCGUUGUUAUUUAUUUAUUUUUUUUUGAAACUCGUAGAAAUUCAUUUGUGGAUACACGCAGAACGAUCUCAAUCUUGUGUGGGAACACGAGAGGGGACUGAAAAGAAAAUCAUGCUUAGCUGAAGGUUUAACAGGCUCUGCAGUUUAAAAAUAUUUGAUCAUUACUUCUUCGGCAUUCACAGCUUCAUCGUCAACUUCUCCGUUGCUUUUCCUAUCUCUUAUCCUCACUCUAAGUCUACUAGUAAAAGCCGCAUGCGGUUAAAGCUCAAUCGUUGUUAUGUGUUGGUGUUAGGGAUCUCGCUGACUUAGGAUGUUGAUGAGUCAUUGGCGUGCACUAGUUGAACAUUAGAAUGAGGAAGGUGCUGCAUGAAAAACUCUCCUUACCCCUCUGGAUUUCACUGUGCUUUUCAAAUCCUAAGCAUUUAAGGGUCAAAUGGAAAAACAUAGUAAAUCCUUAAAAGACCUUGAACUUUAAAGUUUGAAAUAAACGUGGUUAGUAAACGAGCCUCACAAAUGUUACGAGAACAUUAAUUAUACCUUAACAACUAUGACAGUUACUGUAGUGGAAAAAAUCCGUAGUUCCUUGAAUGUUGUAAACAAUUUUUUUUUCGCUAUAUCAGCUCAGUUGUGUAGAGUGACACUACAGCAAUGCUGGUUGUAUCUAAAAGAACAAAAAAAAUGAAUACAAAAAGGAAAGAUGCGGCAAAAUAAGCUGAGGAAAACCCUAACAAUCCUUGAACUCUCAACAACAGAAUGAAGUGUUUGACACUAAAUGCUUUUAUUACAAUAUUGGUUGCAACUGUUGCUAUUCUUUUGAAUCACUGUGGCUUAACAAAAAUUCAGCUUGAAUUCACAGGCAAAGUGGUGAGAGGUAAAACCUGAGUAUAAGACAUGGUGUUGUGGAUGAAAAUUUAAGGAACAACAUUUAUUUUGAAUCCUGUGAUGAAAACUAAUGGAUGGUCUCCUUGAUAUGCCAGAAUUGGCUGAAGAUGUAAUUUAGUUUUUGCAUCAAAAAAUUUGAGUUAGAUUGGGUCGAGAGUUAAAAAGUAUGCUUUCAAAGAGUUUGAAAUACUUCAGCUGGAGUAAUGUUUGUCUUAAUCUUGUGUUGGAGUUUGAGGAGGAAUUGGCAAGAAAUUUAAUGCUAGUCGCAAAAAGAUAAGCUACAUCAUCAACUUUUAACAGCUCUGCUCUAAAGGCUAUUUCUUCAGUAACUACUAGGUGAACCAAGAAGCUUAAGUUAUACGUGCCUUUUAAUAUAUUUUUGGACCUAUAAGUGAUCUCACUGCAUGGCCUGGAAUGUUAAUGUUGUUGAAUCACAAGACACUCCUGAGACCUUAAAUUAAUUAGUUAUUAAUAAACCAAAAUGAAAUACAUCCAUAUUUAUAUAACUAACCCAAAUGCCGAAAGCAGAACAGAAUUAUCCAUUGAGUCACUCCAAGGUGUCAAAAGGUCACAUCUGAUGUUUUUAACUCAGGCACCAGCUGCUGGAGGACCUCAUCAAAUAAAAGUAGCUGACAGCAGUAGUGAUACUUCUGCACCAGAUGUGAGUCACAUGGCUGCAACAGAACAGUUGACUGUAAUAAGUAAUUUUACUUCGCUGGUGCUCACAUCAAUGACCAAGUAUUCUGAUGAUCAUUCUUCAGGGUUUGAUGUGAGUAUUAAUUUUGAUGUGAGUUAAGUAAGCCAUGCAUCUUGGACAGGAAUAACAAAAUCUACCAUAUUCAUGUAAAAAAUUUACUACAUACUGUGGCUACUUAGUCGGGUAAAUAAGAUUUUUUUUCAUUUUGAAUUUUCUGAAUAUUUUAAUAAAACCAUUCAGAAAUAUCUGUUACACAUGAACAGAUUUAUACAAAAUUUACUUUGGGUAAUACUUUUGACCUUUUGAAUUUCCAACUAAGUCAUAUAUUGGCGUACUUGUAUGUUUAAAUUGAAUUAAAAACUUGAAAGUUAGACAACAAGCAGUCCCUCCUUUUUCAGUGAAGUCUGUCAAGUGAGGAAAAAAUUUUUAAAAAAUUGAUGUUAGCAGGCUGCACAGAACUCAGGGAUUGAGACACACAAAAAAUUGAUGUCAGCACCAAACAUGUGCCUCACACCCAGAGUUCUGCGCAGUGUGCUAACAUCAAUUUUUUUGUUUGCGGAUUUUUCUAUUUAAAUUGCAUGACAGAAUUGGGAGAACAAGAGGGACUUCUCACAGUCUAGUUAAAAAGAGAUUGUGCUUAUCUAUAUUUGUUGAAUCAAGGGAUCUGACUUUGCCCCUGUAAAUUACAACAAAGUGGUCUGUUGAAGUUGUAAGUUAUAAACUUGUGUGGUUUUUUUUCCUAGGGAAAUGAAAUUCAAAUGCAGGGACUGAAGUCAUGGAACACCUCUUCAGUUCCCAUGGCAACAUACUCAGUAGAUGAAUUUAGAGCAUUUCUACCUUACCCAGUCCUUGAACCACCAUUAGGCCAACCAUGGCACAUUGUAGAGUCUAGGAUUGAUAAAGAUGGUACAGUGCGCCAAUUUUUAUUUUAACUUUUAUUUGCAAAAUUGAUAAAUUGAUAAAUGUGGUAUUUAUCUCAAAAAAAUGAUGGAGGUAGAUGGAGGAAAAUCCUUCCAUUUUAAGUAACAAGAUUUAUUUUAACUACUGUUUAAUGGACGUAAUCAAUUUUUUUUUGGAGGCUUUACCCCUUUUUCCUUCAUUGUUUAAGAUGUGAUGUGAACUUUCAAAAAUGAUUUCCAGCAAUAUCACUUACCUAAAAAACAAUUUUUUUCUUCCAGUGAUUUCUGUAAAACUGCAUUAUUUCUGGAUCUCCAAAUUAAUGGUGACUUAGAAUGAUCAUACAUUAGCUAGGCACUCUUCCUUCCAUUCUCUGUCCCUCUCUCCUCUUCCCCUAAUCCCGCCCCAAUGCUGCCACAAAUUGUUGCUGGUAUUUUUUAAAUUGUAACUUCAUUACCCUGCUGUCCAAUGCUCAUAGUCAUAAAUGAAUUUAAAUGUGCAGGUCCAGGUUUGACCAGCAAUAGACACUACCCCACCCCUGUGAAAGGGAGACUAGCCAUAUUGUACAAACUGUUGAGUAUGUUCCAUCCACGGCCAUUUCUGCUGACCAGGUUUGGUCCACAAGGAACAGUUGCCUGUGUCCGAGCAGAGAGCAAGGACUACUUGGACAUUGUUUUCAGGUUUUCACUUUUUUGUGUUUUAAUAUGUUUAUAUGAGAAAUCCAAUUGUCCGGCUGGGUUGCAUGACAAGUAAACAACCUCUAAAAGCCAUUAUGAUUCAUUAUUAACUUUAACAGAAAGCAAUUUUUUAUACUCAAUGGCCCUAUGCAGCUGCAAGAGCUUAUCUUGCAAAGCACCACUGAAUUAGACUAUAAAGAGGUUUUAAACCAAUGGUAUACUCUUGCUCAGCAGAGCUAGAUUUAGCAAUAAGAGAUUUUGAACCACAAACUACUAAUUGAAAUACGCCAAUUUUCCAUUGAGUGAUCAUCAGAAGCAGAAUGAGAGUAAGAGAAAUGUGGCUUGAAAUAGUUCAUUUAAUUAAGUAGCCAAUGAUAUUUGUAAUACAAUGGCUGCAGAUACUUUUAAGAGGCCAGAAGUUCAGCAUGUUAUAACUCAUUAAUGGAUUAGAAGGAAACUUCGUAUUAACCGGUCGCUAAGAAGAGUCUCAAGGAUGUCUCUUAAUUCAUAAGUUUUAUUGCAAUUUGGAAGACACCUUAGUCUGAGUAAUCGAAUACAUUGAAUGGUUUUUUCUAGAUAGUGUAGUUUUUAAUCUCUUAGACCAAGUUGGAUGAUUUGAAGGCGAACUGGUAAAGGUGGGGGAAAACUCGUUUUACGUAAGGGGACGACUGACUCGCAAAGGUGGUUGGGGCGAACUUGUAAUGGUUCACGUUCGUCACUUAGUGCUUGAAGGGCAUUUUGACUUUCCUUUUGCCAGGAUACAUGCAGAGUUUCAGCUGAAUGAACCUCCUUUAUUGCCAUUUUGGUUCACCCCUGCUCAGUUCUUGGGUAAUAUUGUAAUAAAAAAAGAUGGGACUCAUGUAGAGUCUUUUCACCUGGCUGUGCCUAAUAAUAAAAGUUUAAACGUGGGUAAGUAUUACUAAAGAAACUAGGGUACAUUGUAGAGCGCUCAUGUUUUCGCCCCUAAUAACGUAAUUGACACCUUUAAGUUGACAAUCCAAUAGUAUAGAAGAUUAGCACACUAGUGCUGCGCAACAAAAGAGAAAUUCCUUUUGAAUACGGGACUCCAAGAAUCCACUUGAAUUUGACUUGCCCUAAACAUCUGAGUGCCAAACUGAUAUCUGUGACGCAUUACUUCAGUCGGCGGCAGAGCCAGGAUUCUUUGCAUGGUCGUCCGAGGUUCGACUCUUCCUAGCCUCUUAAAUUGUUACUUCAUUCACAGCCCGUUUUUGAGAGCUAACAAUAUGAUCGAGAACUGGCGCCAAACCAUGCAAAAAACCAGGAGCGACGGAAACGCAGCCUCACUGCAGUGAUUUAUUUACUCAUUUACUAUAAGAUAGUGAAAUAAAAUAUACAAAAUAUAUUCACCAAGUGAAAUGCCCAAGGCCUUAUUUGGUUAGGGAACUAUUGUUACUAUAUAGUUUACACAUCAAAACAUCAGGUUUUUUUAUUCUGAAGUCGAUGUAGCUUAUUACAAUAACUAUUAUAGUUCAAGUGAAUUGUUUCCAUGUUUUAACUUGUUUAGUUCUUUCCUACAAGAAUUGUAUGAGUUUAAAAAUGUGCUUUCUCUUGUCCAUUUUAGAUAUGGAAUGGCUUGUCUCCACUGUGGCGGAAGGGGACACAGGUAUAACUGAAAUGAUCAAUACACAAACAAUCGGAUCCAACUGCACAAAGUAGAGUACAAAUAACGCGCGAAUAGAGCACAAAUAUCCUGCGAUAUUGUACGGUUAUUUGGACGGUUGGUUAUUUUGUACUGUAAAAAAACCUGUUUAACCAGUCGGCUGCACGCGCUACGCUUCUCUAUCCGCCUUGCUUUUCCCGCCUUAUAAGAAAUGAGCAGAAAGACUUGGCGGAAAAAAAUAGCAAUGGGGUGCUAGAUAACCUAUUAGACGUUUUGGUGUGUAGUAUCGCCAAGUAUCUUAACUUGUUGUUUAGAUCGAUACUACACACUAAAACGUCUAAUAAGAUAUCUAUAACUUUACGUGUUUCACUUAAUGUACGUUGUCAAACAACUAAAGGCUGGUUUUCACUGGCGACGGAGUCGGAGUCAGAGACGUAGUCGGAGUCGUAAGAACGAUUCCGACCGAGUGAAAAUCGAAAAUCGGAGACAUUAGCGGAGUCAUCAGGUCAUAAGCUGAACGGAGUCGGAGUCGGAAGAAUAAUAACGGUUUCAUUCUCUUCCGAUUUCGCUUAUGACUCCGACGCUUAUGAUCCAGUGAAAACUAUAGAUUAUCGGUGUUGAAAGCAGAAGCGCAAGAGCUAACAAAUCCAAAUGCUAAUUCUUGAAACCUUCUUUUGAAAAAGUUGGACUGACGCAUGUACUUUAGCGCCUCAACAGUAAUUUGAUGCUGAGCACCACUCCGAAUUUUCAUCUCAGGUCUGACUAACGCAGCACUUGAAUAACCAAAACCACCCAUACAAUAACAGAGAAAUUACGGGCGCCCUGAUCGAUCAAAAACUGGAAAAGUUUGUAAACCUACGGCUUGUGAUGUACAAAACUUUUCUCUUGUUCUCCCAACAUCCCAAGUGCAUGGAUGAUUACGCCGGUGAAUUGAUAGAGUUUAUUAUUUACUUAUGAGGAAUACAUCAGGAACUGGCCGAGGGAAGGGUAUUUCCAGUUGACAGAGCUUGUUUCCUCGUAAUACAGAAAAAAAACUCGCGUAUAAGAACCUAAACUUUGAGAACCUGUUAGGCUGAAAUUUCCCAGUGAAGCACCCAUCUUAUAAUUAUAAGAACCAUUCUUGGCUAAAAUCUAAAUAAAAGUUCUUUUUUUAGAAUUUAGAGUUUUUCAAAUUUGAUACUGUACAUCGCAUGCGUUACACAAAAGGUUACAAAAACUAGCUAGAACACCGACAGUGUCGUAAGACCACAAUACUGUUCUGUCAAUACAUCCAUAGCUGUGCAACACAUCCGACUGUGUGAAUAAGUUAACCAUAUGAGCAGGACACUAUGAGGCUGGCAUAUAGCGGAGUAUCACAACCACACCCACCAAUAAAAGUUGUUUUGUCUACAAAAAAAAGCAAAAUCAAAAAUUAAGAACUUGGUUAAGAACCCAGGUAGCCUAAUUUCCCAGUAAACACCAUUUAUAUAAAACCUUUAGAGGCUAACUUGAAAAAACCUGAGGUUCUUAAACGCGGGUUUUUACUGUAUUUCUUUCUCAAUGUAGACACAAGUUAUGAGAGCAGUGGGGGGCCUGGAGACAUGGAAGUAGACAUUGGUUAGUAGAACUUUUCAUAGUCAUAAAACUUAUUGAAAAAAUGAAAGGUUAGCAAAUAUGACUCUAGAUAUGCUUCUCCUACCGUUUCAAUUUACUGUGACAAUCAGGAGUAAUUCAAGAUCACGAUAAGUUUUACAUAACAAAAGUUGCAUGAUCCUCUUAAUUUUUGAGAUGUAAGACCACUCAAAACAAAUUACGAUUUGAUACCUUACCUUUUCCCACACGUUAUUUAGACAGUUUGCUUGUUUUCACUUUGAGGGUUUAUUGAUUCCUAUGUUCUUUUUUUUUCUUCAGCCUGAUUGGCAGUUGUGGUUUUCCCGCUCUCAAUUGAAAUAUUUAUGCUAUCUCCUAAUACAGAUUCACAACUUCUAAGUAUUAAUGUUUUUUUCCCUCAGGGUUUCUACCCCAAAUGGAGCUUAACAGUGUCAUGCCUUCGAUUCUGCCUGGUCAACAACAAACUGAUGAAGAAGUAGAAUCCACCAGCAAGACUAUCAAGUGGGACAAAGAGAUUUCAUUUGACAAGGCUUACAAAGCGCUUGAAGAUGCGUUCUAUUCUUUUAAAGAGGUAAACUGCAUAUACAAACUCAACUGUCAAGGUUUAGUUGCUGGGUCAUUAAAAUUGACAAACUAUUAGCUGAAUAAUUAAGUAAAUAAGCAAAUGGAUAAAUGCAACACCGUACAUUUUUAGAAAAAUGCUUCAAGAGCAUUCAAAUGAUAAGGCGAGAAGUAAUAAAAAACCAUUUGUCUGAUGCGCGGAAAAACGCGAGUUAUCAAGUCGUGGUUGGUCAGUUUAGCUUUGAAUCUGACUGGUUGAGAAAGUGGCGCGAGUUUUCUGAAUCAAUCGCACAGCGAGGUAAUCCAAAACCAAAGCAAUCCCAAAUGAUCUUCCACUCAGAAAAUUCGCGCCACUUUCUCGACCAAUCAGAUUUAAAACUAAAACUGGCAAAUUGUUUGUCGAGUUUUCAUUGGAUUUUCGAGAUGAAUACCCUUCGUGCAAAUUGGCGACUUUUAUGAUUACUAUGGUUUUAGUUAUGUGACGCUCCAUCGAAAAGUGCACUUACUAGCGCAUGGCUUUGUUGAAGUGAUUAAAGGUAAAAGGAGGCUCUAACGGACCACUCGGCUUCCAAAAUUCAAAGCUGAUCUCCUUGAUCUACAUUUCAGGUUCCCUACGUGUCCUUUGAAGAUGCACUCAAUAGGGCCAAAGAAGAAAAAAAAUUGGUUCAUCAUAUUCUGCUGUGGGGAGCGUUAGACGACCAAUCAUGCUGAGGUAUAAUCUUUAAUCUUAUCCAAUGUUUCACCAAGAUUUUUUGUAGCUAUUCAGUUAAAUACCUUAAGGCAGAGGCUCUUAACUUAUGUUCUGUCUCAUAAUCGCUUGUAACAGUGUCCAUCUUUCCGAUUGGCCGCUGUGAUUUGUUUGGCUUUGGUUAGGCGGUUCCCCCCCCCUGCAUCCCCCCGCCCCCCUCCCCCAGGCUCAACGGAGUGUGCUUCAUGUUAUGCGAGAAGAAAAUAGAACGUCAGGUCGCUUGUUAUACCAAUCACCCUUUUUUUUUCGACGAGAGUUAAUGCUAGUCGACGAUAAACAACGAAAGUUAGCGAGAUUUGACAAGAGUUAUUCAAUGUUGGAAAGAGAGCAGUGAUUUGUGUGAAUUGGUUCACGUUUAUCAAUUAAAGCGCGACCUUAGAAGAUUGAUUUGCCUUGAAUUCACAGGUUCGGGGCGGACUCUCCGAGAAGGUCCGUUGGAGAGCCCGCCCGUGGUCCACGUGUUGAAGAAGAAAUUCAUCAGCAGCUGGACACUUGUUGCAGAGCUAAAGGUUUGUAACUAAAAAGGCAUAUUGUUUCUAGAAUAUGUACUGCUGCUCGCUUGUCUGUUCGCAGUUUCGUCGUUCCAUCAGUUCAUUGGCUGUUUUUUGCUUUUUCUUCCUUAAAGCAAAAGGAAGCCUUCCUUCUGCUUCUGCGUAAUGUAUAAACUUCUUCACUUGUUUGUUUGUUUUUUUUUUAAUUUGAGUAUUUCUAUAAGGAAGUUCUAAGAUUCUUCACUCAUCGUAUUCACAGGAUAUAGCAGCAAAUGGGACCAACUUGGAGGUGACUAAAGCAGCCCAGGCACAUCUGGAUAUUUACAAGUAGGCUGAAACUGUUACUCGAUACAUUCAUUGGUCAAUCCAAGAGUUUAAAAAAACAUCUUGAGUUCAUAGGAAUCGGAUUAUGCCCGUUGUUAUGUAUUAGGACUUUUCCGUUCACCACAGAACGAAAAGCUUUCUCAAAUAAUUUAAUAUACUCUCCAGGGCGUAAUACUUACUUUGGAAAUGAACUCGUUUGCUUCCCGUCAUUGCCCACCUCACUGAAAUCGCAAAGGUCUGUGUGAGGACACUUUAUACCUAGGAUACAGCUGUAUAGGGCAUCUAUGAAUUAGCAAGAGGAGAUUAAACUAACAAACUGUAUAUCUUACUAAAGCUUCGCUCCUUCUUGUAACCCACAAACAUUUUCCAAGCCAUUCCCAUUACAUAUUUUGUUUCCCCUCUCCUGAACGGCCUUUUGUGUGUUGGUGUUGUUGUUGUUGUUGUUUUUUUUUUGUUGUUGUUCUGUUUUGUUGUUGUUGUUUUUCUGUUGUGGUAAAAAGAAAAAGAAAAAAAAUCGAAAUUUUAGAAACGCCAUCUGGCGAGAUGGUGCACUGUAGUGCUAUUUGAUAUAAGUUUUAGCUGAACUUGCUCUCUUGAUCGUAUGUGAAAGCACGUGGUGAUGACUUAGUUUUUAAUAGAAAUCGAAAUCUUUGGUAUUACCGUUAUAUCAGAACGCGCGCCUGCAAUCGGCUUCUAUGCCCUGAACUCAGUGAGCUUGCAAUAAUUAUUUCCUUAGCUUCCUUUUCUGCUGUUGUCAUUGUUGUUGUUGUCGCUGAAGCUAGAGUUUCUCGUGGUGCCGCCGAGAGCAACUAUCAAGUCUCUCUCGUGCUCUCCAAACUUCCCGCGUGAAUCCAUAACUCUAUAUACGCACGUUAAACAUGAACCAAUUUUUAAAUAUCACUGAGAUAUAUCUCUGCUCGAGAACGAGAAAUGACCUCGCGAAAACAAGACCAAUAUGGGAGGGUUGGAGGGGGAGGGGGGUAAGUCUCUUUGUUUACACCUCUCUUAAGGUAAGUAUGACGUUAUUGUUAUUGUUUAUUGGGAAAUGUUUAUGGAGGGUCUUACGCGCGUUCGAAGAAGACAUUAUUAUACCAGACAUACACGACGGUUUCUCACGAAUUUUCUUUGCAGGUUUCCCGUGAUGUCAGUGGUCUCUCUUCCAAACGGAACGGUUGUGUCAAAAAUGAACGCAAAUGAUUUAAUGGAGAGGCAAUCAGGCGAAGAAAUGUAAGAUAACGGGCUUUUUUGUUCAAUUCAUUACUUGACUCCUGAGAAACUAACAAGGGUAAUUUUCGUCCAAAUUACAUUAUAUUGCACCCUUUUUCAUGGAUGAUCUAAUCACGACGUAAGCGUAAUCCUGUACUAAGCCACAUUGAAAGAGGAGGUUAUACCAAGAACAAGAAGUCCUUGAUUUCCAUUUGUUUUUCCUCAGACUUCCAUCAGGAUUUGAUGAUAUACUGUCGCAUAUUUACUACAAGUUUCUGGAAGAAGGUAUCACUGGAGCCAAGAAAUUCAACGAACUCUAGCUUAAGAAAAAAAUUAACAAGUGAACGACUGACUAUCGUAAAAAAGCUACAUCGUUUCUUGUAGACAAAUUUCUCCGCAUAUUUUGAUACUUUUUUUCAUACAAUAUCUUGAUUAAUAGCAAGAUUCAGUUCUCAAAUCGUGUAAGAAUUCGUUCAAAGUACAACUAGGAUAUUCUCUUUCUAACUUUCCCUACCAUUUCAGAAGUUUUAAUAACUUUUUUCCAUACGCUGCUGAUUGUGUACUAGGCGGCCGCGCCUGUAUAAGAGUAUUCUCCUUCACAACAGUUCUUGUACUCUUUUCAGUCACGCAACGUUCCUUCCCUUCUUUGGGAGUAAAGUUGCGGGACGAGUCUAGGAACGGCUGUGAAGGAGAGUAGUAGAAGGGCCGUAAGGUGAAAUCCAAACAGUAGACUGCAAGCUAAACAGACGGUACUACGAGGUCUUACAAGCAAUAUCUUUAUUUUAUAUUAAUUUCACAAUUCUUUAAUGUAAUGUAGAGGACCAACAUUUGGCUUCCGUUUUCCUCUUACAGUCGAGUCAAUUAUUAGUAUUGUUGUUUCUAUAAUUAUCAUUACUGCUAUUGUCGAUGUUUUUGUUGUUGUUAUCAUCAAUGUUGUUCGUUCAUACUAACUCUAAAUGACAAUGACUUUUCCAAACGCGAAACUUCGUGUGAAAGUUGUUUGAUGUACUGGCAAAUAUGAAUGAAACGACCUUCUUUUUAGUAGUUUCGAUUGUCGUCGUGUUACAGUUUUAUGUUGUACCUUAAAAAGCCUCUGACCAGU